AUGCUGCGAUUAAAUAAGACACGCUUGCAAUUAGUUAAUACUGUCACAAAUUCUUCAAGAUAUCGGCUAUUUACCUUACGGAAACAGCAUCUAAAACAAUCAACCGCAAAAAAUAGGAAAAUUCAAAAGAUAUUGGUGGCUAAUAGAGGAGAAAUUGCAAUUCGUGUAUUCCGAGCUGCUAACGAACUAGAUAUUCGUACAGUAGCUAUCUAUACUGAACAAGAUGCUCAACAUAUGCAUCGCCAAAAGGCGGAUGAGGCUUAUUUAGUCGGUAGAGGUUUACCACCUGUGGCUGCUUACUUAAACUCAUCAGAAAUUAUAGAUGUUGCCAAGCAAAAUAAUGUCGACGCUAUUCAUCCUGGUUACGGAUUUUUAUCAGAACAUGUUGAUUUUGCUCAAGCUUGCGUCGAUGCUGAUAUCAAGUUUAUUGGACCAUCACCAAGUAUCAUUAAUAAAAUGGGAAACAAAACCGAAGCCAGAAAUACAGCAAUAGCAGCAGGUGUCCCAGUUGUGCCUGGUUCAAAAGAUGCAAUCAGUUCGUAUGAGGAAGCCUACGAAUUUUGUGAGGAACAUGGUUUCCCAGUAAUACUUAAGGCGGCUUUCGGAGGUGGAGGUCGGGGUAUGAGAGUAGUAACAGCAGCGGAUGAACUACCUAAACUAUUCGAGACUGCUACUUCAGAGGCACAAACCGCUUUUGGUAAUGGUUCCCUUUUUAUUGAAAAAUAUAUUGAACAACCACGUCAUAUCGAAGUCCAGAUUCUCGGAGAUUUGUAUAAUAACGUAGUUCAUCUAUAUGAGCGUGACUGUUCUGUUCAGCGACGCCAUCAGAAAAUAAUAGAAGUGGCUCCAGCAUUCAACUUAGAUCCUGAUUUGCGUGAAAGGCUUACCUCAGAUGCAGUACGUUUAUGUCAAUAUGUAAACUACGAAAAUGCAGGGACGGUCGAAUUUCUAAUUGAUAAAGAUCAACGGCAUUACUUUAUCGAAGUUAACCCAAGGCUGCAAGUUGAGCAUACUAUUACAGAAGAAAUCACUGGUGUGGAUAUCGUACAAUCUCAGAUACGUAUCGCUGAAGGGGCUUCAUUAAAGGAUUUGGACUUAACUCAAGAGAAGAUUUUGCCAAGAGGCUCUGCAAUUCAAUGCAGAUUAACCACAGAAGAUCCCGCUCUUAAUUUUCAGCCAGACAUAGGUAGACUCGAGGUUUUCCGCUUGGGUGAGGGAAUGGGUAUUCGCAUUGAUAGUGCAUCAGGAUUUGCUGGAGCAAUUAUAUCACCACAUUAUGAUUCUCUUCUAGCCAAAGUAAUUAGCUACUCAACGUCUUACAAUCAAGCCAUAAGAAAGAUGUUGCGAUCGCUUUCCGAAUGUAGAAUUCGAGGAGUCAUGACGAAUAUUUCGUUUUUAAAAAAUGUUUUGACGCAUCCACAAUUUAAUGCGGGAAUUAUACACACACGAUUUAUCGACGAUAAUCCUGAGUUAUUCAAAUUGGCACGCAGUCAAAAUAGAGCUCAAAAGCUGUCAAAGUACUUUGGACACGUAAUGAUUAAUGGGCCUUCGACGCUUUUCGCUACUAAUUUAAAAGCGGCUAAUAUAAAUCCAGUGAUUCCUAAAAGUGACUGCUCAGAGAAAAGUCCAAAAUCUGGAUUUAGGGAUAUCUUAAUUAACCAUGGACCAGAGGCUUUCGCUAGGACUGUUCGUGAAAAUAAAGGUUUACUUUUGACUGAUACCACAAUGCGAGAUGCACAUCAGUCUCUACUAGCUACACGUGUUCGUACAUGUGAUUUAUUGCGCGUAGCACCAUUCGUUGCUUCCAACCUAAAUAAAGCAUUCAGCGUCGAAAUGUGGGGAGGUGCUACUUUUGACGUGUGUAUGCGAUUUCUAUACGAAUGUCCUUGGGAUAGGUUAAUAGAAUUACGUAAAGAAAUUCCAAAUAUCCCAUUUCAGAUGUUACUUCGUGGAGCAAAUACUGUUGGAUACACAAGCUAUCCCGAUAAUUUAGUAUACGAAUUUUGUAAACAGGCUAAAAGCUGUGGAAUCGAUAUAUUUCGUGUAUUUGAUGCGCUUAAUUAUGUACCCAAUCUUCAACUUGGUAUUGAUGCAGCUAAACAAGCAGGCGCCAUUGCUGAAGGCGCUAUCUGUUAUACCGGCGAUGUAUCUGAUAGUAGCAAAAUUAAGUAUAACUUAGACUAUUAUAUGAACGUGGCAGAAGACUUAGUAAAAAUGGGCGCCCAUAUUUUGUGUAUAAAGGAUAUGGCUGGUCUGCUGAAACCUUCAUCUGCGACUUUACUUAUUAAGUCCUUACGUAAAGAAUAUCCAUUAAUACCAAUUCAUGUACAUACACAUGAUACAGCAGGUGCUGGUGUUGCUUCUAUGUUGGCUGCAGCAGACGCAGGAGCUGAUAUUGUUGAUGUCGCCGUCGAUUCAAUGUCGGGUAUGACAUCUCAACCAAGUAUGGGAGCAGUAAUUGCAGCUUUACGUGGUCAUGAAAGACUAGAUACUGGAUUUUCCAUGCAGGAUGUACACGCUUACAGCGAUUACUGGGAACAGACAAGGCAACUUUACGGACCAUUUGAGUGUACUACAACUAUGAAGAGUGGAAAUUCGGAUGUAUACGAUAACGAAAUACCGGGAGGUCAAUAUACGAAUCUCCAGUUUCAAGCAUUUUCUUUGGGCCUCGCAAGUCAAUUUGGUGAUAUUAAACGAAAUUAUGUGUUAGCCAAUAAAUUACUCGGAGAUGUCAUCAAGGUUACCCCGACAUCUAAAAUAGUUGGAGAUUUAGCUCAGUUUAUGGUACAAAACAAUCUUACGGAAGAUGAUGUAGUCAAUAAAGCUGACGAACUCUCUUUUCCGACGUCUGUUGUCGAAUUCAUGCAAGGCCAUCUAGGCCAACCGCAUGGUGGAUUUCCGGAACCCCUUCGUAGCAAGAUAAUUAAAGACAGAAAAAAAAUCGAUGGUCGACCAGGGGAAUCCAUGGAGCCCUUAAAUUUUGAGAAAAUAAAAAGUGAUUUGGUGGCGAAGUAUGGAGACCAUAUUCGUGAUGUUGACGUACUAAGCUACGCUUUAUAUCCGAAAGUCUUUGAAGAGUAUCAAGGCUUUAUAGAACAAUUUGGUCCAGUUACUAAACUUGAUACAAAGUUCUUUUUUAAUGGACCAAAAAUUGGUGAAAUGGUAAUUGUAGAACUAGAGAAAGGUAAAACGUUAUAUCUUAAAGUCUUAGCAAUUAGUGAUUUACUGGCAUCUGGUGAACGUGAAGUCUUCUUCGAAAUGAAUGGACAACUCCGGUCAGUUUAUAUCAAAGACUCGUCUGCCAGUGAGAAUUCGGAUAUCCGACUUAAAGCAGAUAAAAACAAUAAUGGCUCAAUUGGUGCUCCGAUGCCAGGUAUGGUACAAUCGAUUUGUGUCAACGAAGGCGAUGAGGUUAUCCAAGGUGAUCAGUUAGUUAUAUUAAAUGCCAUGAAAAUGGAAACUGUCGUAGUAUCUCCAGUCAAUGGUGUCAUUUCAAGAAUAACAACAAAUGUAGGAUCAACCGUCUCAGGUGAUGAUCUAUUAUUGGAAAUUCAAGAAAAGCUAUAA